AUGGAGAAUUUGGGAGAAACUCAUGAAGCAACGAAGAUAGAUAUUCAACAAUUGAAGGAGCAAAUACAUGAGAUUUUGGAAGCCAUAAAGGCACUAGAAAAAUCUGGAGAGACUUCCACUCAACAACAUCAACAAAGGGUUCAGGAAACCCAAGUUUCUCCUCCAUAUGGUCUUCCUCCGAAUUACACUCCACCCAUUGGAUUUGACUUAGAGAAAAAAGCUGCAAGCUAUAUGGUUGCAACUCAUGAUACGAAUGAGAAUGAACCUGGGACAUCUACCUUCAUAGGCACCCAAGGAAUUGUUCAACCAAAUGUAGUACAUGUGUCAAUGGAAAAGCAACCCGAGGUGAAACCUUCACCCCGUGUCACUACACCUCUGAAUGUUGAAGAUUCCACAAACAAAUUGGAAAUGUUAGAGGAAAGGCUGAGAGCUAUAGAAGGUAUACGAAAGUUUGAGUUUGGCAAUGCUGCAGAGCUGUGCUUAGUUCCAGAUGUGGUGAUACCUCCGAAGUUCAAAUUACCAGAGUUUGAAAAGUAUCAAGGGAACACUUGUCCAAAGAAUCAUAUAACCAUGUACUGUAGAAAAAUGACUGCCUACGUUCAUGAUGAGAAAUUAUUGAUUCACUUCUUUCAGGAAAGCUUAACUGGCAUGGCUCUUAAUUGGUACAUGCAUUUGGAACCAACCCAAAUUCGUUCCUGGAAAGAUCUAGUGGCUGCAUUCGUGAAGCAAUAUGAAUAUAUCAAUGAUAAUGUGCCUGAUAGAUUUCAACUACAGAACAUGGAGAAAAAGGAGGCAGAGACAUUCAAAGAGUAUGCUUUAAGAUGGAGAGAGAUUGCUGCUCAAGUAGAGCCACCUUUGCAUGAAAAAGAGAUGGUGGCUAUAUUUAUAAAUACUUUGCAGUCACCCUUUUAUAAACAUAUGAUGAGUAGUGUUUCUUUGAACUCUGCAGACUUGAUUAUAAUGGGAGAGAGGAUUGAGGUUGGCAUAAGGAACGGAAAAAUUGCACUUGACCCAAAUUGUGUAGCAAAUUUGAAUGAGUAUGGUUCUAGGCGUGGGAUAAGAACAGAGCGAAGAGCUAAUCUACACCCUAUUGUCUAUCCUCAAAAGUCUCAGUCAGAGAAAUCCAAUCAGGACAUUGGGCGAAAAAAUUACAAUCGAGGCAAGAAAGCUGUCAAUUUCACUCUUAUCCCUAUGACCUACAAAGAGCUAUUACCAAAUCUCCUCCGCGACAAGCUCAUAGAUAUUUGUCCCACUAGACCUGUACGACCUCCAUACCCAAAAAAUUAUGAUGUAAAUGCAAGAUGUGAUUACCAUGGAGGAGCACCGGGUCAUUCAACAGAAGCAUGCACGGCUUUGAAGUACAAGGUACAAUCCUUGAUUGAUUCAGGAUUGUUGACAUUUGAAGAAAGAUAA